UGUGGUGAGUUUUCUUCCUUUUUGUCUGUGCAGAUUGCAUUGCGGAAAUGGCUUGGAACAGUUGCGAUGGAAUUUCCGUGAGGCGAAGUGAACCGGAGCUGGUGGUGGCGGCAAAAGCUACUCGAAGUGAAGUAAAGCAUCUUUCGGACAUUGAUGACCACGAAGGGCUUCGCAUGCACCUCUCCUUCAUCAUGUUCUAUAAAAGGGAGGAGGCGAUGAAGGAGUUUGAUCCUGUGAUGAUCAUAAAAAGGGGAAUAUCUGAAGCUCUUGUUCACUACUAUCCCUUGGCUGGGAGGGUGGCGGAAGGGCCUAACAGAAAGCUGGUGGUGGAGUGCAGCGGUGAGGGGGUUAUGUUUGUUGAAGCUCAGGCUGAUGUUGCAUUGGAGGAGCUCGGUGACUCAAUUGGACCACCUUGUCUCCAUAGGAAACACUUCCUCUAUCAACUGCCUGCAUCUCAAGGAAUUCUUGCCUCUCCUUUGUUGUUUUUUCAGGUAACUCGUCUUUCAUGCGGAGGGUUCGUAUUUGCCGUGUGCAUGAAUCACGUCGUGUGCGACUCUUUCGGGCUGGUUCAGUUCCUCAACACGGUGGCAACAAUGGCAAGGGAUCCACACGCCGCAAUCCAACAACCGGUGUGGAGAAGAGACAUAUUUAGCGCACGCAACCCUCCUCGUGUAACAUGCACACACCACGAGUUCGAGGAUGUUGUCCACCAUAGUACUACAACUACUUCAUCUUCACACGAAGACUUGUCUCACGAAUCAUUUUUGUUUGGGAAGAAAGAGAUUGAAACGCUUCGUAAUCAUCUUCCUCAGAACCUUCAGAAAUGCUCAACUGUCGAGUUACUUACGGCAUGCUUAUGGAAGUGUCGUACAAUGGCGCUUGAUCUUGACCCGAACGAGGUGGUUGGUGUGUCGAGUUUCGUCACUACUCAUGGGAAGGUGGAUGUGCCAAAAGGGUAUUAUGGGAAUGCGUUUGUGUUUCCAAUGGCACUGUCAAAGGCUGGUUUGCUGUGCGAAAACUCUUUAGGGUAUGCUUUGGGGUUGAUCAGAGAAGCCAAGGGUCGAAUGAGUGAAGAGUACGUUAGGUCAAUGGUUGAUCUUAUGGUUCUGAAGGGGCGUCCUAUGUAUAGGACACAUGGGAGUUUCUUUGUAGGGGAUAUGACUCGUGUGGGUUUUGAUGAAGUUGAUUUUGGUUGGGGAAAGCCCGUUUAUGGAGGCCCUGUUGGAGCCAUACCAUUAUCCAGCUACCUUGCAAGGUUCAAAAAUGGGAUUAUGGUGCCAAUAUUGUUGCCACAGCUUGUCAUGAAAAGGUUUCUCCGGGAGCUCACCAAAAUGACUAGUGAAGAGGAGUUUAAUCUCAGUCCCGACAUCAAAACAAGACCCAGAUCCAUGAUAUAACGUUGUUUAAUCUGUCACUUCCAUUUCAUAAGGUUGUUUCAGGUUUUCAAAAGCUGAAAGUAAAAACAAA